CUCCCUUUGCAACCACACUCUUUGUUACAUAACAUCAUCCAUCUUUCGCAUCGCAUCCCGUUACUGGAGGACAUCUUGCACCUCGUCGAAACUUCAACCCGGCUCAGUUGUGGAAGGCAAAACGAGUAGGCCUACUGGUCGCAAGGAAAUUAAUUCUGCUUAGUUCUAACGCUGAAGACAGAGGAUCCGCCGCCGCCAAGGUCAGCAGGCGACAAACACUUCUUCAUUGCUGUGUCAUCCAGGGUAGAUAGCUCAAACCAUCAGUUGUAAUUGUUUGCAGAAAGUGUUAAGUUGAUCUUUAAAGUUGAUCAAGCUAUAUGAUUACCAUGGAGGAGACAAUGUUGCUAAAGCAGGAGCAAGAAGAUGAUGAUGCUGCCUUACAGCAAAGUCCUCUGGCCGAAGAUCAGCUGAAUGGCAUUUCGGAGACUGAAUGUCCCGCAACCCCUGGAGUCAACUCACAACUCUGCCCUUCAGGCGAUACAAGCCCUCCGCAACCACGGCACCAACAACAGCAGCAACACCAUCAACAACAGUUUUCCAAUCACCAUUUCCACCACCAUCACCAUCAACAGAUGCAAUACGAGAACUGCCAAGGGUAUCAACAGCAGCAGCAACAGCAGCAACAUCGCCACCACCGGCAACUCAGCCCGUCGUCAGCCGCGUCUAUCGGGCAGCAUCACGAUCUUCAACAUCAACCCUACUCCCGCGGCGGCAUCGUCACCCUCCACGACUCAAUGGCGGGAAAUACAGGCCAUAAUAUUUCGGAGAUGCUCACCUCAUCGUCUGCUAAUGGAGGCAUCUCAUCGGGCGGCGAGCAUAACGAGACCGGGUGCAUUCCCGUCGGUAGUCCGGACGAGUUCGCGUCAGAAGAGGAAAAGACAAGGGAAUUGCUCCAGAGGAAGACUGCCAGCGACAGAGAAAGAUCACGCAUGCGCGACAUGAACAACGCUUUCGAGACGCUCCGUGUCAAGUUAGCCCAUCGCAAGCAACCGGGAAAGAAGAUGUCGAAGAUCCAGGCUCUUCGCUUCGCCAUCGAGUAUAUCAACGACCUCGAAGAGACGCUGACGAUGACGACACGGUUGCCGACGGCUGGAGGGGCGUACUAUCACUGGGCUAGGGCCAGGGGAUUCAUCUGGGCACGCGAAAAGGCAAAAAUGCACGAUUACAGUGGCGUUCACCAGCCCGGGAUGGAGAUGACCCACGAACCGGCGACCAACGGCGGGAUGGUCAGCUCCGGCUCCAUCGACUCCUAUACAACGACCUUGCAACCUCUACAACCCCACCACCAGUCGCAACAACACGUGCUUCAGCAGCAACAGCAGCAGCAGCAACAACAGUCGACACCUACUCCGGAUCUCAUGUUGGACUAUAUGCACCAGAGCACUACACAGUAUCAGUCCAACACGCCACAGUGAUGUGGGUGGCAUGAUUUUGGAACUUUUAUUGCAAAGAAAUCACAAUAGUCUUGCUUGCCGUUGUAAAGACUUGAUCGUGACAAAAUCCAUAUCUUUUAAAUGCUUCUUUUCUUCGACAACGAUUAACCCUUGUAUACACCCAUACAGUUGACGAUCUUCAUCUAUCUCGAUCUGAUAUACUCCCAGCUGCUGACCCAGUUCUGACAUUAGAUAAAAGAGUUUGAAAAAAAUACUUUAAGCACAUAUUCGGCAAUGACUUUGUUCUUAACACGAUCCUCAAUAUUUCUUAAUAAAAAACUCUGAAAAGCGUUGAAAAAAAUCCUUCCUUCAAUGUUUUUUAUUCAAGACUUUUUACGUAUUCGGCAAUGAUUGUCCUUAACAUUAUUGUACUUUUUCGUACUCGCAGUUGCAAAGCAGAAAUUUAAUGUACAUAAUUAUAAAAAAACCUUUAUAUCACUAUAAAUAUGGAUGGAAUAAUUUUAAUCCAUCCUUUUGAAAUGUGCUAUCAAUUUAAUAAGACCUACAUCACGAAACGAUAUUCCCACUGAAAUAAAAAUCGUCAUCCCGCACCGAACAAGCUAGAUUCUUUGUCAAACCAAUCUGAUGUUUGUAUACACAAUUGAGAUAUUGUCGAGUAGGAUUGUAAAAAUUCGAAUUGAUCUCUUUUUCUCGUUCCCAAAACUGAAAAAGAUGCGUAUACGGUGAACAGAAGACACUUGAGUAAUGCAAUGUCUGAAACAAAAUACUCCAAAAAGAGUGAACAUGACGCUGUUUUUCUUUGUGGGCUUAUGUAUUUUUCCAUCAAGAUAUGCAUGGAUACAGUGACGUUUGUAUAUAUUAAAUAUGAGUAUUGUAAAUAAUAUUUAUUUGAGAGUAAGACGGAUUGUGUUAAGUAAGAUGUAUUUUCGAGUACUAUAUAUUAUGGAAUCACAUUUACCAGGACCCAUGAGGCUAGUCCAGAUGAUAAUGUUGUGGUAAUGAGAAAGGCUUUCGAAAGGUAUCGUAAAUAUUGAUAUCAAAAGAUUGUGACCGUAUCACUGGAUAUCACUUGGGUAAUAUGGGAAUUAUUAUGGGUGCAUAUAUUGGUUGGAUCUUCUGUGUGGU